AUGGCAGACAACAAGCAACAACCAAAAACCUACAAACAAGCCGCAAACGACUACUAUAACCAAAAAUACGAAACCUGGAUGCCCUGGAUCGAAGAUCAGUAUCUAAAAUGGUUCACAAAGGAUAACAAGGCCAGCUACGCCGCCAAACAAAACCUCGACAAAACCAAAGUAACAGGCAUCUCGCAAGUCGACAACCUCCAAGACGGCGUCAACGGCCUCGUAACGGGCCAAGUGGGCCAAGGCGGUCUCGCACAACCCAUCGGUGACGCGUUAUCGAAGGAAGGAAUCAAUCGUGCUGAGCGCGGCGGCAAGGACGAGCAGGGACGCCCGCUUGAGGGACAAGGGCCCCUGGGUGGAUAUGGUCAGAGUGCUGUGGAGGGGGUCAAGGGAGGGGCGGGGAGUGUGGCUGAUGGUGCGAAGAGUGCGGGAGGUUGGGUUGGGGGGUGGGUUGGUGGAGGGGGUGCGAAGAAAUAG